UAGGAAACAACAAAAUGUCUCAAUGGUCUUUUGACAGUGAAGACUGAAGUGUAGUAGCCGCCUUUUCUGUAGUGGUCAGUCGACUCACGAAACUGAAGGGAUGAGAGUAUGUGACACAUUGUUUCAGGAAGUAGGCAUGACACACAACUACUAGUUUGAACUGUUUACGUUAUUUUGACGGUAUGCAUAAACAUUUUUUGACGUGGUGACGUUUACGACUUCUUAUGAACAAGUUUGUGUAAUGCACUAAUGGUAUCCUGUUACUGUACAUGUUGUGAGACUAACUUAGAUGCACACCACGAAAUCUGAGAUAAUUGCAGCGACCAGUGACUUCCUAUCGUCAAAAUGAUUUCAUUUACUGCUCGCUUUCCUCACCUUUGAAGUAAGUGACAAUAUGAGGAUAAAUGAGAAAAGUUUAGCCAAAUUUGCCAGUAGUGGCGCUCCUGCUGACAAGGAGGGGUACCUGCUAAAGAAGGGUGAGGUCAACAAAGGCUACCAGAAAAGAUAUUUUAUUCUCAAAGGAAACCUACUAUUCUAUUAUGAAAAGCGUUAUGAAAAAGAACCUGUGGGUGUUAUAAUUUUGGAGGGUUGCACAAUUGAACUUUCGGAAAACAUUGAUGGAUUCGCGUUUCAGAUCGUUUUUCCAAAAUCAGGUUGUCGCACAUACCACAUGGCAGCAGAUUCUCAGGAGGAGAUGGAGGCCUGGAUGAAAGUAUUGUCCUGUGCUAGUUAUGACUACAUGAAGCUGAUGGUAUCAGAGCUCAAACAGCAGCUGGAAGAACUGAGGGAAAAUGGUCAGCAACAGCUGUUGGAGAAUGCCAUGAGAGACAGCCAGAGAGUGUUGUCUAGUUAUUUACCCGUGGAAGACAAGAAUGAACACAGCUCAGCCAACUUAAAUCAAAGACAUGUCAGGUUCAAUCCUUUCAAUGAUCCCAGUUCUCAAAGCAGAAAUGCUAGUGGGCAUUUAUUUGACUUGGUUGAUGAUGAACAAAGCAAAGUGAUAAAGGAGCCACCAAAAACAUUUUUACAACUGCAUGAGGAAUAUGGACAACAGGUGAAAACACUUGGAGAACUAUGGAGAGGAAGCUUCACUGAUAGACCAGCAUCAGCAUUUGAACUUGCGUAUUCUGCAUGCUAAAUUUGCACUGUAUGUGGACUUAUUCAGUGAAAUUCAUAUUUCCGUACCUUUGGUGAUAAAAGCAAGAGUACUAAUGUACAGUUGGACUAAAAUAUGAAAAUCUUGGGCUCCCAUCAAACAUCAUUGUACAUAGAAGAAGCACUAUUUGUGGUGAUUGUAGGGAAUAGUGCAUCAACUCCAAAUUCACCAAAUUUUGAAUGCACUAGAAUAAGUACACAUACAGUAUGUCACAUUGCAUUUUCUGUUAAUCAACAUGUAUCUAAUUUGUUCAUAAUCAUGCUGUUUAAUGAUCAUAUGAUGAUGUACAUGUAGAUCAUCUUUUGAUAACUGAAGCUCAUGUGUUUAAAUUCUGUGUCAGUGUGCCCUUUGAAUGAAUGAUAACAUGAACGAUUAAAGAAUGUAUUUGACCAUGCAGUAUUAACAUUCUGUUAAAUAUCAAAUUGGAAAAAGCAUUUAAAGAGGUAUACUACAUUGUUAUAAUGGCCAACUUCCUUUUAAAACAUGAAUGGAAAUAUAAGUAUCAGCAAUAUUUGUCUAUUCAGUUUCAAUUUAAUUCCCUAGCUCAGUAGAUCAGUGGGUUAGUGUGUUGACUGUAGAUUGCAGGUUCGAGUCUUGCAGGGUUUUUUUAAAAAAAAGAUUCAGAUUACUCUCUACCAAAAUUGUAUUUUUUUGUCUAAAUAAAGUAAAUUUGAAAGUUUUCAAUUUCAAAAUAUUGCACAUAUCCUUCACUUUUCAUCCAUAUCAAAUUUCUUUGAUGCAGCAUUCCUCCUUAAAUGUAUUUAGUUUUGUUUUUUUAAAAAGAAAUGCUUUGCAUGGAAUAUUUUUUAUAUCUAUAAUACGUAUGUUUAUGACACAUCACAAAAUCAAAAAGAAAUGGGUAGGGGUGGUUAAAGUUGUGCUAUAGGUUAUACACUGUAAAUAUGAAUAUCUAGAUCACCUAUGAUUAUAGUAAUACCAUUUGCCUUGGUACUAUCAUAGUCAGCAUAAUUGAAUCAAUGUAUUUUAUUGAAGUUGACCCAAAUGUUAAAGUAUUGGUAGCUAUAUGUAUUAAAUAAUCAGGAAUUCUGGUGUCUCUGUAAGGUAUUGGUGAUUUUUAAUCCAGGAUGUACCUCAGAAUUAUUUGAUUCCAAAGAGGUUUUUCAGGAUUUUGUGAUGUCACUGACAGAUGCACAAGGAACUUUAUUUUUAUAAUAUAUACAUAUGUAUGUAUAUGAUCUGUAUGAUAAAUAAAUUAAAUGGUGUGGAGAAA